AUGCGUAAUGUAUCUUCCACCAUAACUUUCACCCCUAUCGAUCGGUCAGCUUCUAUACCCAUGAGAUUUACUAGACCAAAUAUCCACGCUAGGUUAAGAGUACCACUUCUAAAGAGUCCAUCCCAUCUUGGACACUAUACGAGUCGAAUGAAUAGAAUGUAUAAUGAAGAUAAGUAUAGUGCCAAUGUGUUAAAUAUUGGUAGUAGAACAUUAUUCAAUUUCAACAUUUUCGAUGGUCAUGGAGGAGAACAAUGUCUGACUUUCUUAAGUCAGGAAUUGUCGAAGCAGAUUGAAGAGGGUCAAGAGUUAAUUGAUAAUGUCGAAGCACGAACGAAAUUGAUGCAGAAGUAUGAACGGAAUAUCGGAGGUUAUUGGAAGCGAUGGUUUAAACAUCGUGAAGAUAACUUUGCUGCUAUGAUGAAUAAAGAUCAAAACAUUAAAUUAUCUAAAAUCAUUGAUGAAGACAAUGAUAAGGAUGAUUUACGAAUUCGAUUACCCUUAACAUUCUUGAAUACUGAUUAUGAGUUCUUUCAACAAGAUGAUAACCAAUCUGGAUCUACUUGUACUAGUGCAGUUAUUGAAACACUUUAUACUGAACCAGGUGGAGAACCCAAACCAGUAUUUGAGAAUUACUAUUUCAAUAGAAAGACUAUAUCAAAACUUACUAUAGCACAUGUAGGAGACACUAAGGCUAUAUUGGUUGAUAAGGAUGGAUUGGCCAAUGCCUUAACCUUUGAACACCAUCCAUCGAAUCCUAUGGAAGCUUCAAGAUUAAGAAAGUAUGCUGCUAAUAUGUUCAUGACGGAUUCCUUUGGUGAAGAACGAUUCAUUUCUUUAGCCAAUACUAGAUCGUUUGGUGAUAUCAAUUAUAAGGAGAUUGGAGUUAGUUCAGAACCUGAUAUUAUCCAAUUAAUUAUAGGAGAUAUCGGUACGGUCAAUAAGAUGUUAACAGCAGAAGAAAUUAAGGAUUAUACAAUUAAUGGAUUAGGAGGAGAUGAAAGCUUUUUAGUGUUAUGUACUGAUGGUAUAACAAAUUUUCUUACGGAUCAAGAAAUCGCCGAUAUAAUCAUGGUCAAUUUCAAUAUGAAAGGACAUCAAGUGGCUAAUCCUCAACUCUGUGCUGAAGAAGUUAUCAAGUUUGUAGAAUAUAUUGGAGGAGAUGACAAUGCCACAUGUUUGGUGAUACGGUUGAAUGGCUGGGGGAAAUGGCCUGUAAGUGACAGAACAGGAGAAUUAAGACAGUCUCGUAUGGAUGAUUAUAAUCCACGAAAUAGAAGUGGGUAG